AUGGUUUACACAAUUGUCGUCCACCUCCGCGCCAAGCCGGAUGAGGAGUCUAUCUCCAAGCUCCACGCCAAGCUUGUUGAGGCAUCCAACGUCUACUCCAACGACAAGGAGACCAUCUCCUGGUUCGUCAUGCAGUCUGUCUUCGACAAGCAGGACUUCACCAUCGUCGAGCGUUACGAGCAGGAAUCCUCCCAACAGUACCACCUCAACAACCCCUACUGGAAGACCUUCGACCCCUACGUGAUCCCCCUGCUCGAGAAGCCUAUGGAUAUGCACCGUCUGGAGGAGCUGGAGGGCUCUACUAUGUAA